GGGAGGGGGAGGGCGAGGAAGAGGAAGAGGCCCCCCAAACCCCAAACAUUACCGGCCGGCUGUUGGGACCCGCGGGGCUGGAUCUGGGGGCUGAUGGCCAGGUCAGCACCCAUCUUUGGGUCUGGAAAAUGUCACUGGGGCUUUGGGGCCACGGAAGGGUGGAGGGUGGUCAGCAGGAAGGAACCUCUGGCGGAACCUAAGCUAGUCUGCAUUCCAAGUAGCCUCAAAUUACUGGCGGGAAAAGUGGGGAGUGAGGCUCCUCGCGGCCCAGAUGGUUCCCUCCUGGUCUCUUCCCGGUCCAGCCUGAGAUGCGCUCUAUGUUGCUCCUCUCGUUCUUCGCCCUAUGUAGUCCUCAUCUGUCCCUGGCAUGCGCAGGGCCUGGGCCGGUGACAGGGCUGCCCUCGGGCUGGGCGCGAUGGCUCAGGGAGACCCUGCCAGCGGGAACCCGGGCCCCGCGGAGCACGCAGCUCUUCUACUUUACAGUGCCAUAGGUCCUUUUCAAAAUAAUAAUGAAAACAAUUGGUGAGAGUAGAUGGCAGUAGUUUUGCUUUGUUUUGAAUGCCCUUGGCAAAGUAUAAAGUUGGUAGUUUUCUGUUCCCCCCAUUCUCUCUCCCUGACCCCCACUUUUGGGAAUCCCGAACUGAACUGCUGGCCAGUGGCGACUAGUGAAGAGUAGUUACCAAGAGCCUGCGAGUUCCUGUCUUUUUUCAUCCCUGAUUCUCCCCAUUGGCCUAAGCUGGGCAUGGGGCGCCCAGUGAUGCUGACAUUAGAGGACAAAGACAUGAAGGGGUUCACCUGGGCCAUAGCCCCUGCCUUGACCUCCCUGGGCUACCUGCUUAUACUGCUGGUCUCCAUCUUCCCCUUCUGGGUUCGUCUGGUGAACGAGGAGUCCCAGGAAGUGUUUUUCAGUGGCCUCUUUGAGAACUGCUUCCAUAUCAAGUGCUGGAAGCCACGACCCUUACCCGUUUACAUCAUCGUGGGCCGUGUUUUCCUGCUGUCCGCUGUCAUCUUGUCUUUCCUCACCACCAUCGUCAUGGUGUCCUUUGCAUCUCGGCUCUUUCCGAGGACCCGGAAGCACAAUCUCGUGUCAGCCUUCAUCAGCUUCCUCACAGGGGCCUGUGCCUUCCUGGCCUUGUUGCUGCAUGCCCUGGAGAUCCGGAGUCUGCGGAUGAAGCCCAGCCCCCCGCAGUUCUUCGUGCAGUGGCCUUACUACGUCCUGGGCUUUAGCAUCCUUCUGUUCCUAGUGGCUGGUGCCAUCUGCCUCGUUCAAGAAACAGCCUGCCUUAGCUGUCAUUUGUUGCCCAUUUCCCAGAGUACUGAGGAGACCCAAGAGAUCUCGCACCUGGAAAACGUGGAGAGUUUGGGAGGAGAGCUGAGCUCCAUACAGAGGGAGACGCUGCUGAAGGAGGAAACAGUUAUCUAGACCAAGAUAGUCUGUGCCCUGCCCUUCAUCAAGCUGUGUGAGUGCACACGUGUCACUGUGUGUGGCUCCCCUGCCUCCACCAGUCUCUGCUACUUUUGAUGAGGCUCUUGAGUGUCAAAUUAACCCUCCACUUCCCCUACUCAAAGUGAUUCUAUCUUGCGUGUGUUUGAAAUUUGUUAAAAGUUUUCUGAAUUCUUCUGAGCUUUCUGAGUGAUU